AUGUUCAAUGCUGGGAGAUACUUCAGAGCGAGUUACUACAAGAAGAAGAACAUUUUCUGUGUAAAGGGGAGCAGACAGUUUCAUGGAUUCGUCAAAAGUAGAAGAGUACAGACAAAUGCCGUCAAGAGAAAAGAUAGAAUAAGAAGGGGGAGGUUUUUACAACUGAAGGAAAAGCUGCAACUCGUCAUUUUCAGCUCCGUGUACUUUUUUGCGUGCGACUAUGUUUACCACGUGUAUGUGCUGAGAGACAACGGGGGUAGAACUGCCAAGCGCGCCUCCAACCACAGCGGCGAAAGCGCGGGGAAUGACCCAAAAUGUAAAGACGAGCGCACUAAUGGCGAGGGGGGGAUCGGCACAACCCUGAUGGAGUAUAUCAAAUGGAUGAACAUAUUUUCCAGUGCGCAGGGGAAGGAUGACCAACAGUUAAAACAGCAGGACGGUGAAUGUAGGGGAAAAAAUGACGGCCAUAGAUUAGAGGCUCAAAAAGGUUCCCAUAAAAAGGAUCACCCCUCGAGCAACAGAGGUGACGUAAAAAUUUGCAGCGUAUGCGAGGAAGACCCCUACGAAAUAAAGAUAAAUCGCGUUAAGCGGAGCAGCGGGAAGGAGGAAAGCAGUCAAACGGGGAAGCCUGGCCAAUCUUCCUAUGCCUCGAAUCGGAGAGAACAACUGCCUAGCCGCGACCCCCCCCAGCGAAACAGCAUCGGAGGGGGGGAAAAAAACAUGAAAGAUCUACUCGUGAGUAACUUUUACAGAAAUGAUCUUUUCAACGGGUGCAACUUAUUUCUGUUCGCCAACGGGGUUGUGUUCCUAUGUUGGCGUCUAAGCGAAAUCGCAGGAAAUAAAAAAUUCUUCCGCUUCAUGUGCAGGAACUUUAUCUGCUCAUAUGAAAAUGUCAGAAGAAAAUAUUACCACACGAUUUUUACAGCCACCAUUAGCCACAUCACUCUUCCCCAUUUUUUAUUUAACAUGUGGGCCUUUCAUACCAUAAGUAAUACCCUCUUGAGUCCAGAAAUUAAAGAGAACAAAACAAAUUAUUAUUUUUUUUUUAAUUAUAAAUCAAGCGUUUUAGAGAAAAAAAUGACAGACAGGGAUAUCAUAAAAGUGUGUGUCUUAUCUUCCAUCAUUUCGACUGUCCCGUAUAUUCUUUUACACAAAGGCAAUCAACUGCUAGGAGCAUCAGGAGCUGUUAUGGGUCUUGUAUACUUGUUAUCUACAGUUAAACCAAAUGAGGUCUUCGUCUCUCUGUUUCCUCUCCCAUAUUUAAAGAUGACUUCCCUACAGCUUUGUCAUCUCUCCAUUCUAACCAACUUUUUAUUUCUCUUUUGUAGAAGAAAUCAUUUCAACGUUGCUUGGUUGGCUCAUUUAUUUGGUUUAAUGGGAGGGGCAUUGUAUAAUUUUUACCAGAGGAGAAAAAACGGGAAUAUGAAUUACUACCCCUUUAUUGAAUUGUCCCUAAAAAAUGGACCCAUUGAUUACCUCAAUUCUUACCUUGACUUUGUAGAUUUUGCCAAGUGUCUGCAGCUGCAAAUUAGGAUCUUCUUUUCCCUCGACCCACGCGCUAUGCAAAGCAUGAACAGGAAAAUCAGCUCCAUUAAAUAUAUGCAGUCGCAGAGGCGCAUGAAAUUUAACAUGUUGAAGGUUAAAAAUUUGGAGGCCAUGUCCCGGUUGAAAUAG